AUGGACAAAGACUGCGAUAUGGUAUAUAAGAACAUCUCUGACAUAUAUAAAUCUGGGGAGUUUAAGACCUACGACAACUUUGUUUCGUUAGUUGCUGAAUGUGUAUGGCAGAUAAGAGAUAAAGAUAGAAGAGGUAAAGUAUGGAACGAACAGAUAAAACCUGCAUGUUUUGAGUUAAAGAAAACCAUUGACGCUUUAGUUGUACUUGCAGGACAAAUUUCAAUGUACAAUGCUAAAAUGAACCCGCAAUGUUCAAAAUGUAAGGCAGCAAUGAGGAAAUAUAACUACUCCGUCAAAGAGAUAGAAAGAAUGAGAAACGACUAUGCAGAUUUAAAGAAAGAAGUAGAGAAACCAGCAGAAGAUAAAAUGAACAUGUUAGAAUUUCUGAACAAAAACUAUCCAACAGCAGAAGAUUUCCUUCUAUCUGAUGUCAAGAAGAAAUAUAAAGAGACUUUCGGCAUAGUUAAAACAUUCGAUGUACUGACAGAGGAAAUCGAAGCUACAAAACUGUUUAAAGUCUCACGAAUUCAUAACGUUUACCAUGUAAAACGCUUAUAA